CCAAUUGGCUGAUAGAAUAACAAAUGAAAAGUAAUCGGACUCCAUUGACCCGCUUAACCCUGCACUGGAACAAUGAAAAGGAGCAGCUGCUUGCUUUGAAAUAGUGGAACAGGUUUCACCAUCUGAGAGAUUGCCUAAUAUAAAUACAAAAAAAAAAAUCCUAGGAAAGCACUCUGACUGCUCUGGCGGGUCAGGUACCCACUUCUUGUCUACUCCGUUCAGCCUGAGAAAAUGGCAUGUAACAUACCUAACCAAAGACAACGGACUAUGUCAACAUCUGGAGAAGCUCUAUAUGAAGUUCUUGGUUUGCAUAAGGGAGCAUCAAAUGAAGAAAUUAAGAAAACUUACAGAAAAUUAGCCCUGAAACACCAUCCAGACAAGAAUCCUGAUGAUCCAUCUGCUGCUGAAAAGUUCAAAGAAAUCAACAAUGCCCACACAAUACUUACAGACAUGUCCAAGAGAAACAUAUAUGACAAGUAUGGAUCACUGGGACUCUAUGUGGCUGAACAAUUUGGAGAUGAAAAUGUUAACACCUACUUCAUGCUGUCAAGCUGGUGGGCAAAGACCUUGUUUGUCAUCAUUGGCCUCUUGACUGGCUGCUAUUUUUGCUGUUGUCUGUGCUGCUGUUGCAACUGUUGCUGUGGACGCUGCCGGCCCAAAUCAUCGAUGCCAGAAGAGUGUUUCUAUGUGUCCCCAGAGGAUCUUGAAGAGCAGAUCAAGACAGACAUGGAAAAGGAUGUGGACUUUCCAAUUCUUCUUCAGCCUACAAAUGCAAAUGAGAAAACACAGCUCAUCAGAGAAGAACCUCGAAGUUACUGCACAGACUCUUAAAAUUGAUCCCAUUGAGGGCUGCAGUUCCUCCUCUUGGUUCAGUCAUGUCUUCAGGUGGUCAUGGAACUGGGUCGGGGGCAUGAAAUGCUGUGAACUUUUCCACAAUUGUAUCUUAUUUUUAGGUUAGGGAAAGAUGAUUGCUACCUAAUUUUUCCUCGGUAUGCAGAUUCACUCCUAGAGUAGAAUUCCCAAUGAAACACAUUCCGUUUUGAUGAAUAAAGGCCUGAAGAGUUUGAUGCUUCUUGCAUGAAGCAAGAGAGUAGCAUUGGACAAUCUUCGUGACCCUGCCCUUUCCAACAGCCAGACUGUAUUCCUCAAAGACUAAAGUAGCAUUCCCAAACAGAAACUAUGUUUCAUCCAUUUUACUAAAUGCAGUGUUCAUUCCUGCCACAGAUGUAUCAGCAAAAUAGAAAUGAAAAAUUUAGAA